AUGACAGACGCAGUAUACUCAACGCCUGAGUGGUAUCGUCAAGCUCGAGAUAAAGAUGUGGACAGCGACAUACAGCGACUGACCGUACAUCACUUCGGAUUCAAGCAAGCGGCAGGCGGGACCUUGGUAUUUGCGCCAGUUGACUUUGCCAGCGAGCCUCGAGCCAUUCUUGAUGUCGGAACCGCAGAUGGUUUAUGGAUGCGUGAGGUGCAAUCGUCUAUUGACUCACCAGGACAAGGUGAGCACGAGUUUCUCGGUACGGAUAUCAAUACAGGUUUCUUCCCAGAAAAUCCACCGACAGGAAUCAAGUUCGUGCAGCUGAACAUCCAGGAUGUGCCACCUCGAGAAAUGCAAAACCACUUCGAUCUCAUCAACCUUCGCAUGGUUCUCAUAGCCGCCGGUUCUGGCGAGGCACAGCGCACUGCAGUCAAUCGGCAAAUUGAACUUCUCAAGCCAGGCGGCUGGAUCCAGAUUGGCGACUGCGAUCGAGUUUGCCCUACUUCGGAAGAGGAGAAUCCUCGUUACCAUGACAUGUUCGCUUGUAUCCGAGCAGUGUGCCAAGCCUCUGGACUGGACCCUCUAGAAGCGCCGAAGAUGAAAGGUUGGUUGGAGGAAGCCGGGCUUGAAAUGGUUGAAGAAAGGACGGCAAUGCGUGCUGUUGGGAAGCGAAAUACAGAUGCUGGGCUUGGACGUCUGGGGAUGGAAGCAGAUCUUAAUAUCGCGAAAGGAUUUGCAGCUGGUGCUAAAUGUAAGUCUGAUCUAGAGUCAACGGGAAGUCACAUGCUUAUCGAGGUUUUAGCUCUGUCCUCAUCUUCGAAGCCGUUAUCAGAUAAACGGCUGGAUUCAUUGGUGCAAGAUCUGGAGGUGGAGCUGACCAACACCGGGGCAUACUUCCCGAUGCGAUUCAUUUGGGGCAGAAAACCAUUAUGA